GACGAUGCAAGACUGCUUGUGAAACUAAAUUUCUCUAACGUUAGUAUACUUGCAUAGUCCUGGAUUAGCCGCCCCGUCUUCCUACAAGAAGAGUCUCUCUUUCAAGCCAUGAAUGGAAGUCUCAGCAUCUCCAAUGGGACAUCAUCCUUGGCUGGACAAUGCCACCGAGACACCAGGAUAACGCAUGUGGUAUUCCCAGUCCUGUACGGCAUUCUUUUCCUUGCUGGAUUUCUGCUGAACAGUUUGGCUCUGUUGGCUUUCUUCCAGAUUCGGACCACAUCGAGUUUCCACGUGUACCUUAAGAAUAUAUUGCUUUCUGAUUUCGUAAUGACACUGAUGCUGCCGCUGAAGAUUCUGACGGAUUCAGAACUUGGGCUGUGGCAACUUAAAGCUUUCGUCUGCCGUUUCUCGGCUGUAAUAUUCUACGAGACAAUGUACAUAAGCAUUGUGCUCCUUGGACUUAUUUCACUAGACAGGUUCCUCAAGAUCGUUCGGCCAUUUGGGAAGUUUUGGUUGCAUAAUGUCACUUCAGCAAAAAUUCUUUCUGGCUCUGUGUGGUUCUUCUUUUUCGCUCUCUCCUUGCCAAACAUGAUUUUGUCAAACCGUGAGGCCACACGACUCUCUGUAAGGAAGUGUGCUUCCCUGAAGAAUCAGUUGGGACUGAAGUGGCACGAAGCUGUCAACUACAUAUGCCAGCUCAUCUUCUGGACUGUGCUAAUCUUAAUGCUCCUGUUUUAUAUAAUUAUUGCUAAGAAGAUCUGUAGCUCUUAUGUAAAAACCCAGACAAGAGAGUGCAAGAUCAAACAAAGGGCAAAGAGCAAGGUAUUUAUAAUUGUAGCUGUUUUCUUCAUCUGCUUUGGCCCUUUUCAUUUCGCCCGAGUACCUUACACUCUUAGCCAGAUUGGCAAGAAUAUUGACUGCAGUAUGCAGAACCAACUAUACAUUGCUAAAGAAAGCACCCUCUGGUUAGCAACUGCAAACAUAUGUAUGGACCCACUGAUAUACAUAUUCUUGUGCCGACAAUUUGUUGAAAAGGCUUUUUGUGUUAAAUCACGAAAAUCUAGGUAUACAACUCAAGAAAAUCAAACUAUUGCACUGGACACUGGAAUAUCUACAUAGACAUCUUGGUUGGUGGCAACUUCUUAUUCUAACAUUUGCACUACAUUGUUGUCAAAUUAAAAUGCAUUUUAGUUUCAAGUG